CAGUGUGCUCAAGUCUUAUAUAUAUAUCAAAAUUGGAUCAUCAUCCUCGUCGUUCUCCACCACCGGCUCCAAACGAGUUUAAUGGAGUCACUCAGUCGAUCCACUGUAAUCUGCAGCAUCUCAAGGAAUCCUCCUCACAGGCCAUCUCCUACAAACUCGCUGCCUUCGACGUCGAUCUUCAAGCCUCUACUGCGAAGGUUGAAACCGUUGCAGCUGAAGGUUGAAGUCCCAGAGCAAUUAAAAACAGCGUCUUUGAACCUUUUGGAUCGGAUGGUGGAGACCGUCUUCAGAUUCGAAAAAGAGCCUACGUUCAUCGCGGGGAACUUUGCGCCCGUGGCUGAAAUAGGAGAAGCAGUGCAGGUUUCAGCCAUAGAAGGAGUCAUUCCGGAGGGCUUCCCUCAAGGAAUAUACUUCAGAAAUGGACCCAAUCAUGUACACCCAGAUCUGACCGCCGCAGUCUCGGUAUUUGGAAGAACAGCCUACACAAGUGUUGAAGGUGAUGGAAUGAUUCAUGCGACGUAUUUCAGCAAGGAUGGCGAAGGGAACUGGAACGUUUCGUACAAAAAUAAGUACGUAGAGACGGAAAGUUUCUUGCUGGAGAAGAACAGAAACAAGAAACUCUUCCUUCCUGCAGCGGCCGGUGACCCUUCUGCAGUGUUGGCUUCUUUUUUCAUCAACACGGUGAGGUGUGGCCAGGCAGUGAAGUUUGAAGCCAACACCGGUGUUUUUGUGCAUGCUGGAAAACUGUAUGCAGUAUCGGAGCAAAAUUUGCCUUAUGAAAUCGAUCCUUCUAAUCUGGAUACUCUCAAAUCUUGGGAUGUCAAUGGCACUUGGGACCGACCUUUUACUAGUCAUCCAAAGAGAGUCCCACGUACUGGAGAGUUGGUUACCAUGGGCGUUGACAUACAAAGACCGCACUAUGUUUUGGGAGUCAUAUCAGCUGAUGGAACUAAGAUGCUUCACAAGGUCGACCUGAAACUUAAAACUGGGGUUCUAGUUCAUGAGCUUGGCGUGACUGAGAAUUACAAUAUUAUCAUGGAUUACCCACUGGGAAUUGGCAUUAAUAGACCUCUUUCUGGGAAACCGUUCAUUGGUUAUGAGCAAAAUGGAAAAUCGAAGAUAGGAGUUAUGCCUCGUUUUGGCAAUGCAGAGUCAGUUUCUUGGUUCAGAGUUAAAAAUCACUGCAGUUUCCAUAUCAUCAAUACCUUCGAGGAUGGUGAUGAGGUUGUCGUAAGAGGGUGCAGAACAACAGGAUCAGUGAUUCCUGGUCCAGGCCACAAGGCAAACAAACUGGAGUGGUACAGAAGAGCAUUCCAAUUUCCUAACAAGGACUCCAAUACCUUUGAUCCUUCAGUGGAUGGAUCACUUUUUUCGCGUCCUUAUCAGUGGAGACUCAACAUGAAAACUGGUGCUGUCACAGAAGCAUUCCUCACAGGGAAGGAGUUCGCAAUGGACUUUCCGACGAUUAACAGCAGAUUUGUCGGUUUGAGGAACAAAUACGCUUAUACUCAAGUAAUGGAUUCGGAAGCAAGCUCAAACUUAGGUGUUGGAAAGUUCAAGAUGAUCGCUAAGCUACACUUUGAUUUGCACGAUAAGGAUAAUGAGGAGCUGAUAAAGGUUGAGUACCACGCGCUUGGUGAAAGCCAGUUUUGUUCAGGCCUAGAAUUUGUUCAGAACCUACAAGGAACCGAGGAAGAUGAUGGCUGGUUGAUUUCCUACGUGCAUGAUGAAAAAUCAGACAAAUCCAUGGUUUAUAUCAUUGACGCGAAGAGGUUUAAUGAAGGGCUUGUAGCCAGAAUAGAAUUACCCCAAAGAGUGCCUUAUGGCUUUCAUGGUACUUAUAAAUAUAUGUAAACGUUGAAUUUUAAGUCAUUUUGUGAUCAAAUGGUUCUACUAUGGAAUCGUCCCUAGAUUAGUCUUUGGCGUUGUACUGGACCAAGAUUUUUUAGUUUAAUUCUGAAGUAAAGUUGUGGGCUAA